AAUAAAAAUAAAAAAAUUGGGGGCCGCUCCUUCGCGGUUUGUACAGAUCCAUACAAACCAUCACUUAUUCUAUAAAGGGUUAAAUGUCUUAAAAAAGGUGAGAAAAGGAGCAAAAAAGUGGACAUCGCUCUACAAGAGCUGACCAAAUCAUAUCCCCGAUGUCAUGCUGGUGUCACGUGACUCUGUCAUUCUCCUCUUCGUGACGUGCAUUUAGUGACGGUGUGCGCUCUGUGCAGGUUGUGCUCACGGAGGGACGUGUUUGUAUGGACAGUUGUCAUCAUAGUUUUCGCAUCUAAAGCACGUGAGUCCAAAAUGGAUUUUAAGAACGGAACUGAACAGAACAACGAUGUGUAUUACCAGCCUCAGUGCCCACCUCUUCCUGCACCUCCCUUGGGUAACCACGUCAUCAACACAGGCAACGGCCGAAGCGUGGGUACAACCAUUUCCCUGCAAUGCCCAACCAAACACAUGCUGGUAGGAGCUGAGCUGAAGUGUGUCAUUGAUGCCAACAGGCCUCGCUGGGUGGGGGAACCCUUCUGCAAAUCAUUGUCGCCAUACAGAGAUGAUGGAUUCCGUGUGGCUGUGCUUGCUUCCAUUGUCAGCGUUGGCAUAAUACUCAUCAUGUCAUUGGUGUUCAUCACCAGAUGUAUUUUGAACUGCGUUCAAAAAAGCACAAGAGAAAAGCAAAAAAGGGAUUUGUUGAAAAGGCACUUGGAGGAUGGUGUGACCUGCUUUGAAGGCCGACGUGAUGCCAAUUUGGGAGAUUAUCUUUUCCCUCUACAGAUACCAGAUAACCUCUGUGACAACAGCCCUCCUCAAUGGUUCGCCUACAGUCUCAGCCAAACAAGCUCCACCACGCCUCCACGUCCUGCUGGAUUCUUUGCUGAUCAACAUCCACUCCCACAAAAAUCUGAUUGUGUAAAGGCCUUUGGUCCACCUCAGAACAUUUCUUUUUCAUCACAUUGCAAGCGUUCAAGCCAGGGUCUGAUUCAGAUCCCCACUUAAGAAACUAAUUUGGUUUGGCAGCCUUACAACCAGCACCGAAGUUUGUCGCAAAGGAAACUUAGAAUUCCAUAUAAAUCUGUAACACCAAGACUUUAUACCCUAUCUUCUCUGGCGUCAAGCCCACAAGGAGCUUUGCAUGCAUUUUGGAGAGAUCCUCCUCUUUUAAUAUGGCAUUUAGAAAGAGUCUUACGCCUUGUUAGUACCUUGUUAGGACUGGCAGCCAAAUUUCUGAUUUUUAGCCCAACCAGAUUGAAACUAGAUGGCUCUUUUGUCGUCUGAACAGUCACAAAGCACAGAAAUCAGAUUUUUGCGAGGCAGAUUGAAACCACAUACUGUAUUAGGGGUAGUUUCAUAUCAGAUAUAGACAAGAUGCUUCUCAGUCUGAACAGCUCAGAUGGGUUUUGACUGUCCAUGACAUCACUCUAUGCUGGAUCAGAGACUUCAUAAUGUAUUGACAUGACAAAUUACCUCGUCACGCCUUCCCGAAAGAGGCCGUCAAGUUCAAAAAUAGAGACCCUUAGGUAGACAUUUGUAAAAUUACCCAAAAAUAAGGAGAGAAGACACUCAGUUUUCUUGACCAAGGAGAGCAAAGAGGGACUAGACAGAGAAAUGCUAGAUUACGCUGUAUAGUCACCAAAAUUGAUCUAAGGAAAAAACCCUCCUUGCUCUUUUUAUUAGGGGUUUGUCCUAACACAGAAGGGUGCCGCCCUAAAGGGAGGGGAAAGCAUGCUGGAGACACCCAUGUGAUUUUGGUUGGCUAUGUGUGAGCAUGUAGGUGGAACUAACUAAAUACACGUGUGUAAGCAAGGGCACAAGGGCACUUAGGUAAAGUGGUCAGAAUGACCCAGACACUUCAGUUAUGCAACGCUGCGGCCAUGGAAAAUGUCCUCGAAUGGAAGAUUGUCCUCGAAAGUCUAGACGAAAGUCCAGACGUAAGAUGCUGAAGAUGUCCUAGAAGGUCUAGUUACGCAAUGUUGCGGCCAUGAAGCAAGGCAGUUGUCACCCCGACCCUCUUUAACACUUUGUAACACUUAAACAUUAACUUAAACAGCCUAGUAUAGCAAGCAAUAAUAAUUUACUGGUUGUAUCAAAUAAGAAAAAAUAUGGCAAUACAUAUUAUGUAUAUAUUAGGUAUAUAUGAGCACAAGCAAAUAUUCAAUCAAUCAAGCAAAUAUUCAAUCAACCCUCGAUAAUUAACUCAACAAACACUCCGCUUAAUUUAUUAGCAGUCAGUCACAUGCAGCGAUCUAACGUCAGAUUUAGGUUGAAAAAGUACGAAAGCUGUACUGCAUACAAACAGGAAGGAUUGUCUCAGGAGUGAUUUGUUCGAGGAUUCAAGGUAAUUAUUAUAUUUUUCGUACAAUGCAUGCAUUUUAAAACGUGAAAAAAAAAACUAUGGGAGAAAUUAGUCGCUACAUCAUUGGCAUUAUACUUUGCAAUAUUUACGUAAAAUAAAUGCUACCUGCACAUUUUUUUUUUUUGCUUUUAACCAAGAACCAAGACUGUUUUACGUCCACAUCUAUAGAAAAUUCAGGGAUUUAAGCAUUUAUUCACAAAAACUUUCAACGGAAAAAGCUAUUUGUAUACAUAUGGUAGCCGCUAAUUUCCUUACUGACUAGACUCAUAGUUCGCAAUUUUUACGUAAAAUAAAUUCUACCUGCAGUUAUUUUUUUGCUUUUGACCAAGAACCGAGACUGUUUUACGUCAAUAUCUAUAGAGAAUUCAGGGAUUUAAGUAUUUAUUCACAAGAAUUGUCAACGGAAAAAGCUUUGUUUACAUAUGGCGGCCACUAAUUUCCUUACUGACUAGCCUCAUAGUUGGUUUUACGUCCAUAUUUAUAAAGAAUUCAGGGAUUUAAGCAUUUAUUCACGAGAAUUUUCAACGGAAAAAGCUUCGUUUACCUAUGGCGGCCGCUAAUUUCCUUACUGACUAGCCUCAUAGUUCGCGAUAUUUACGGAAAAUAAAUGCUACCUGCAUGUUCUUUUUGCUUUUAACUAGGGCUGUCAAAAUUAUCGCGUUAACGGGCGGUAAUUCAUUUUUUAAAUUAAUCUUGUCAAAAUAUUGACGCAAUUAACGCACAUGCCCCGCUCAAACAGAUUAAAAUGACAGCACAGUGACAUGUCCACUUGUUACGUGUUUUUUUGUUUUGUCGCGCUCUGCUGGCGCUUGGGUGCGACUGAUUUUGUAAUUAUUGACAUCAGCAAUGGCGAGCUACUAGUUUAUUUUUUGAUUGAAAAUUUUACAAAUUUUAUUAAAACGAAAACAUUAAGAUGGGCUUUCAUAUAAAAUUUCUAUAACUUGUACUAACAUUUAUCUUUUAAGAACUACCAAGUCUUUCAAGCCAUGGAUCGCUUUAACAGAAUGUUAAAUGUUAAUGCCAGCUUGUUGAUUUAUUGUUUUAAUAAACAAAUACAGUGCUUAUGUACAGUGUGUUGAAUAUAUAUAUCCGUCUUGUCUUUCCAUUCCAACAAUAAUCGACAGAAAAAUAGGGCAUAUUUUUUAAAUGGUUUGAAUUGUGAUUAAUUACAAUUAAUUAAUUUUUAAGCUGUGAUUAACUCGAUUAAAAAUUUUAAUCGUUUGACAGCCCUACUUUCAACCAAGAAUCGAGACUGUUUUUCGUCCAUAACUAUAAAGAAUUCAGGGAUUUAAGCAUUUAUUCACAAGAAUUUUUUACGGAAAAAGCUCUGUUUCCACUCGGCCAGCUUUGAUGGAGAUAGCCCCUCUAUGGAUCGGCCCCGCGCCCCGUCAAUACAUUAUGAAGUCUAUGGCUGGAUGACGCCUUUGCUGCCACAGCAACCUGUUAGGUGUGUCAAUAAUGUGGCCCAGUCUGAACAGGCAUUUUGGACACUUGCUAAAAAUAGUGUGAAUUGUCAGUACCAAAAAUCAAAUUUCAGGAGAAUUCCAAUCUGAAUCAGAUAUACCUGCAGUCUGAUCGCAGCCUUAGGACGUAGAGCAGGGGUCACCAACUCCGGUCCUUGAAAGCAUCUAUCCAGUUUGUUUUCUACAGUACGUCUUCCUCCUCUAACACACCAGAAUCAACUCAUCUGUAAGCUCACAAGCCUGAUAACUUUCCUGAUUCAGGGAUGUUGUAAGAAGAAGACAAAAAUAUGAUCGAGAGAGGCAGGAGAUUUAGGCCAUACCUAUACCUAGCAGGGUUUUUAAAUUUUUUUUUUUAAACCCAGGAUCCUGCUCUAAUGUCAGGAAAAAAAUAAUUACGUCCAUCCACACCAGCUCUCAUGUAAAAAAAAGGGCUCCCACGGCCAACUGCAUUCAUUUAUUUUUAAGUACCUUCAUAACAGUGCGCGGAAAAUAAUACCCCCAUCUUUCGCAUGUGUUCUUCAAUAGAAAGCACUGCAAGAGUUUGUAAAUAAAGCAAAAAAAAAAAAGCACCUAAUUUACUCCAAAUGUAAACAUUGCUCUCAUGUGUGACAUAGGGACAAAGUUUGUCGCAGUCAGUGACGUUUCCACAAUUAAAUCUUCGGUUAUCAGUGUCCACAUGAUGGCGCCACAAACGCAGAAUCUUCACUUUGGACGCAGUUUUUAAGAACCCUCGUUUAAAUGUGCGUGCGCGUGUGGAUGAUAGGCCAAACCGUAGAAAAAGUUAUCCUUUUAAAAGUUAUCCUUUUUGCCAAAUACCCUGCUACGUGUAGAAAUGGCCUUUGAAAGAUUGAGAUAAACAAUUUUAGUCUGAAAUGUAUUUCAGGGGCAGUUUACACAGUGACGCUUUGCAUGAAAAUGAUGUAGUAUUCAUGCAAAGCAGUAAGGGGCAGUGCAGUUUUACAAGGAGACAGCCAACGAUACACUUCCUUGACAACAACCUACUCAGCCCGGAAGACUGCAUAGCCGCCCACUCGAAGCAAUGGCGUCAAUGCAUUUUUUUUUGUUUUUGCUUUA